UUGCCCACGGGUCCCAUUUCAGGCUUUAACACCCACCAAAUCGAAGAACGGUGGCCAACUUUGGGAAUGCAGGAGAAACUUGUGCCCCUUGCCAUGACCACCCCUACGCACCUGGCCCACUGUCUUCCCUGCUCUUGGCUGCUGAUGCUGCUCCUGGUCUUCUUUGGAGCCUCUGAGCCAAGCUAUGGGAGUAAAUGGCAGGUGCUACAGCCUGAGGGCCGUAUGCUGGUGGCAGAAGGUAACACACUCCUACUUCGGUGUACAGUGGAUGGCUCCUGCACUGAUGACAUGAUUAAAUGGGUCAAGGUGAGCCAUCAGGACCAGCAGGAGAUUUAUAACUUCAAACACGGCUUCUUUCCUGGAGUCAUGCCAUUGAUCCAACGGACAUCGGAGCCACUUAAUUGUGACUAUUCCAUCUAUAUCUACAAUGUCACCAGCAGGCAUGCUGGAACCUACCACUGUGUGUGGUUUGGUAACAAGAAUGAGAACUCAGAAAAGACACUGCAGGAGGGCACCUCAGUGUUUGUGAAGGAAGCCGGGGACCCAGAGCCAGACCUCUGGAUCAUCCAGCCCCAGGAGUUGGUAUUGGCAACCAUCGGAGACAAUGUAUUCCUGAACUGCACAGUGCUUGGAGAUGGUCCCCCAGGCGCCAUCAGGUGGUUUCGGGGAACUGGUCUGAGCCGGGAGGCCAUUUACAACUUUGAAGGCAUCUCCCACCCUAACGUGACAGCAGUCCAGGCCUCCAGGACGGAUUUUAGCAUUCUGCUGCAAGGCGCCUCCACUGAACAUGAGGGCACCUACUACUGUGUCAAGUUUCAGAGGAAAUUCAACAGACAAUACCUGUCUGGAAUGGGCACCAGACUGAGAGUAAAAGCAAAGCCCCCUUCUCCCCAAGAGACAGAACUCACCAAUGAACAUGUCGCCAGGAUAUUUCCAUCAGACCUUCUGUCUGUGUUCACAUCUCUGGUCCUGGGGCUGAAGGCAACAACCCUGGCUGCACUCCUGCUGGUCCUGGUUGCCUGCCAGAGGAGACCAUGGCAAGAAGACGUCAAGACUCCAGGCCCAGCAAAAUUGGGGCUACAUUAG